AUGGAUUACUUGUCAUCAUCAUCAUCAUCAUCACGCAGUAAUUUGCCCGCCGCUACUUAUGCCCUGCGGCGGAGAGCUGUAAUGGCCGUGGGGAUAGUGGCAGCUGGUUACCUACUACUGAUCGGCGGAAACAGCGUCGCCGUUGCCCAGUCCGGCGGCCCGCAGCUAUGCGCUUCCGACGCCCCACCAGAUCCGGCGAAGUACUAUUCUUAUGCGGAGAAGGUGAUGGCCGUUCUGGUGAAGAAGACGCCUACCAGUUCCACGCGCAAGUUCAGGACGUCACGUCCCGAUAAGAGAAUAGGUUCCGUCGCCGGCGCGGCCACGUGCUACACCAACAAGGCCAAGAAAUGCAGGGCUUGUCUCCGGGGUAUCAAGGCCCUGCUGGAGAGUUGCAAGGGUUCCACGACUGGCGGAUACUUUGCCAGUGACUGCAACAUGCAGUUCUGGAGAAUCGACGACUAG